AUUUCGUAGAUAGGUUCAUAUCAUAUAUUACCUUGGCUAGAGUAAAUAAUGAUGCAAAUAUUCUCACUAUAUUAGAUCGAUUCUUAAAAGAAGAAGCGAGAGAAUGGUAUCAUAGAGAAUUUGACAAUAAAAAUUGGGAGUUAAAAAAUGUACUUGAUAACUCUGGUAUAGGUGCAACAAUAGCACAUAUUUGUAGUGAUAAUGCAGGAGGUAUAACGGGUGCAGUCGCUUCUUUCCCAAAUGUUCCACUUGGACUUACAAAUGCACAAAUUAUCCCUGCUCGAAAUGUUGCUAAAGAUUGGACAAUAGCAGGAGGACGCCCAACUAAUGCAAUAUCAGUUGCACCAAAUGCUAGAGGAGGUGUUCCUAUUAUUCUAGCAGGAAUGCAAUCUGAACAAAGGCUUUGGUGGAUAAAAAAACAUUAUCCAACUACUAAUAAAUAUGUAAAGAUGUUAGAAAUUGGAGCAUUAAGACAAGGCGUAUAUGAGAGU